UGCCCCAACCCCAAUCCAUCCCAUUCGGCUUUCGUAACAACAAUCAUCCGCCCAUAGACAAUCAACAAAUUGAAAUGAAAAUGUCCGUCGUAAAAGAAACGUUUUUAUUUUACUUUGUGACUGUGUAACGUUUGUGGCAAGCUAUGUGAAAUAUUUUAUCGUAUUUAUCAUAACUGAAGUGUAUACAUUUAUAAAAAUGAUUGUUCAAGAGCCAAUACAGGUUAUCGUUUGGGAUUGUCUCAACAACUAUGAAUUUGACAAUGCUGUAUUCCUGGCUGAGAGAUUACAUGCUGAAGUGACCUCAGAGGAGACUGCUUUUCUAUUAGCAACAUGUUACUAUAGAGCAGGACGUGUGAAUGAAGCUCACCAUUUGCUACACAAUAUAUCCCUUACCCUACCACAGGCUAAAUUUCUGCUGGCCAAGUGCUCACUAGAACUGAAAUUUUACAAAGAUGCUGAGCACGCUUUAGGCACAAAAGACACUGUUGCAUCUGAGUUUGGGGAACAAGCACCCUACGCGUUGCACCUUCUGGCCAAAGUGUACAACAUCACAGAGAGAAGAAGUAAAGCUGCCGAGGCUCUGAGGAAAGCUCUGUCGCUCAAUCCCUUUAUGUGGAAAUCAUUCACCCAGCUCUGUCAAAUGGGUGAGAAAGUAGACCCACAUAACGUAUUCCAAAUAAACAACACAGAAUUUACAUUUGGUGUUUCAACAUUAGUGAAUCUAGUCAGCAAUUCGGAAAACAUUUCUCUUGUUAACAGUAACAUAUCCAAUAACACUAAUGUGAAUUCUAUAGUCACACCCAACAAUGUCGCUGCGCGCACUCCUAUGACGAUGUCAACUAGUAUCACGCCGGAGACUCAAGCACCUGUGAAGCGCAUGCACAGUGUUUUCAGCGGAAUGGCACCGAUACCAUUUUCACCAUCUUUCGGCAUGUUACCUAUGGAAGAAUCUCCAGUUUUGUACUCGUCCACGUUAACAGACGCCAAUGAACAGAAAGCUAUACCAAAGAUAGUCAACUCUCUGAGAGCCCACGUAGGUCAACUCAAAGAUGCAGUAUUCAGCCCAGGGCCCAGAUGUACACUCGGCCCUGCACCGAGACGAUCUUCAAGAUUGUUCAGCAACAACAACAGUAGUUAUUCAGUCAAAGAAAAUAAUAAAUCUCCUAGUCGGAAAUUUGUUACACCCAAAAGUCCUUCUAGGAAAAAUAAACAACGCACAGCCAAAAAUAUAAAAUCAAAUCCCGAAACAAACGAAAGAAACAAAAGUAUAGAGGCCACACCGACAAUAACGCCAAAGAACAGCAACGGUGUGCCUCUCUUAAAUUUACUGAGGGAACUAGGAGAUGCGUAUAAAUCACUGUCAUUUUUGGAUUGCAAAAAUGCAAUCAAACAGUUCCAAGAGAUAUCACCGAAACAGUUUUCUUCCCCCUGGGUGCAGACGAUGAUCGCUCGGGCGCACUACGAGCUGGCGCAAUACGAGGCGGCGGCCAAAAUCUUUGCAGAUAUUAGGAAACAGUACCCAAAUCGUACAGAGGGUAUGGACAUAUACAGUACCUGUUUGUGGCACCUCCAACGUGAAGCGCAGCUGUCUGCUCUAGCGCAAGAAUUAGUGGAGCUAAACAGAAACGAUUCUAUAGCUUGGCUGGCGUCGGGCAACUGUUUCUCCCUUCACAAAGAGCGCGAAACAGCAUUGAAAUUCUUCAAACGCGCGGUUCAGAUAGACCCAGACGCAGCGUACGCUCACGCUCUCCUCGGACACGAGUAUGCCGUGGCCGAAGAAACUGAUAAAGCCCUUGCCAGUUUCCGAACAGCGGUCAGCAUCGAUCCUCGCAACUACGUGGCUUGGUUCGGCAUAGCCACUGUAUACGCCCGUCAGGAGCGUUGGAAAGCGUCGGAAGUGCACAUCCGUCGGGCAUUAGCCAUUCAUCCACACUCUGGUGUUCUCCGUUGCCAGCUAGGUCUGGCCCAGGCCGCUUUGGGCAAAAUGGAUCGUGCACUUGCCACUCUAGAAAGAGCUGUGUCUUUGGACGCGGAGAAUCCCCUUUGUCGUUUCCAUAGAGCAUCUGUGCUACUGCGCGCUGGGAGACCGCAGGAUGCGCUCGGCGAUUUGCACCAUUUAAAAAAUAUAGCGCCGCGAGAGUCGUUAGUGUAUUAUUUACUCGGCAAGGUUCACAAUAAAUUGGGCAACUCGCACCUCGCUCUGAUGCACUUCAGCUGGGCCACAGAUUUAGAUCCCAAGGGCACGGGAGCACAUAUAAAGGAGGGUUUCGACCCAUCGAAGCAGGAGGACACUCCGGAGAGGUCGUCAUAGACCCAUGUGGAUGUGUCAUCGUACCAAAUGCCUGACUGAUCCUGUACAUAACGUGCUCACCUCUCGAACUCCGAUUUGACACAAAAUCUUCCAAAUAUAGCUUUACGGAGAUCGACCGGUGUGUGAACGCAUUUAGUUGCUGUAGUAGUAAGGGCGUAUGUGGAUUUGUUUAUAUAGAGUAAGAUGUGGAUAUUCCUAGUUAAUUAUAUAUAUAUAUAACAACUCCUAGAAAGUAACAACAAUUAUGCUUUCGAAGGACCUAAAAGAAGGCCUCGAUCUCAAUAUGUUUAUUUGUAAUAAAUAAAUAAGUAAUUAUGUUGUGCUACGCGUCGCAAUGUUGCAAUUUAUUAAAUUGCCAUCGUAAAUUUCGUGAUAUGAUGUUUUCAAAAUUGAUCAAGUUUCCAUUAUAUAUUGUUUUAAUUUUUUAAUUUGCCAAUGAAUGAUAGAUCCUCCUUUUUAUGUCGCUGAAAAUUGUUCACGAGAACCGCUGGCGGUGUUUCAUUAUAUGUAUAACUAUAGAAUACGUAUUACAAAAUUCUUAUUAUAUAACUACUAUAUGAUGCAAAUAUGAAUUAACUAAUCUUUCUGUUACAAUUUCUUGGGGCCAUUUAUAAAUUAAGUGACGCGAAUUUGAUAAAUGACUCAUUUACGCGCGGUGUGACGUCACAUAUUAAAUUUAGAAAUUAUUAGCUGUUGUGACAUUGCACACGUAAAAUUUGUGUUUAUAGGUAGCUAGACGACGCUUCGCGGUGACUCCCGUGUAGUUCCCGUUCCCGUGAGAUAACGUGGAUAAAAUAUAGCCCAUGACACUCAUAAAUAACGUGGCUUUCUGAUGGUAAAAGGGUUAUCAAAAUCGGUUCAGAAGAUCCAGAUUUGGACCCCCUACAACACCACAAACUUUUGAUUUUUGAUUUGAUCAACCCAUAAUCGACUCACUGCUGAGCCCGAGUCUCCUCUCAGAAUGAGAGGGGUUAGGCCACAAACUUUACCUCUUUAAAAUAUUACUAUAGAUUAUGCUUCGACACACAACAUACAAUUAAUACCUUUGCUAAAAUUAUAAAGCGGAUUUGAUAGUUGCAUUGAAUAGGCUCCGAAACUACCGAUGUUAAAAAUUCUUUCACUGUUGGGAAGCUACUCUAUCCCCGGGUGCAUUAGGCUAUAUUUUGUCCCCGUAUUUCUACGGAAACGCUACGCGGUGUGAAACCGCGUGGCGUCUGCUAGUUUCAAAAUAUUUAGCGAGCCUCCGCCAGCUAUGCGGUUGUUAUGUAAAAUACCAACUAAAUGGUGAUAAAAUUCACGAAAAUAGUCUAAAUAAUGAAAACAAAAAAGGCAAACUAUCACAGCUAGUGCCAAGUAGAAAAUGAAAAUUAAAUAAUGGGGAUGAUGACUGAGUUUGUAUAUAUUGAUUUUUUUUUAUGAUACAUUCGGGUAAAUAAAGUCAAUGUUAACUAAUUUAUUUAUAAAAAGCAAAGAUUGUCUGGACAUUUGCUGAAGAUUGUUUACAAAAUCUAUUAAUAAUAUUUUAUCGUAAUUUGAUGAAAAUUCAUACAGUUUUAGCUUCCUUACCUUAAAUGUGACAUUUUUUAAUAUAUGAACUAUAAACAUAAACGCACAAAUAACAAAGAUAUUAGUAAUUUUGUUUGAACGCCCAUGCAAAUUUAAUGAUCAUUAUGUACCUACGACGUCAUUAAAUCGUACCAUUUUGUAUGGGGCGUUUUAUGGAUCCGCGGCAGCGCCGCAAAUCUGACCCUUUAAAUCCCUGUAGCUCCGAAAGUAAUGAUCGCA